GAGGCCCCACGGCACACGGCGCAAGGCGCAGGCGCGGCGGGCAGAGCGCGAGCCCGAGACCCGGCGAGGAAGCCGGCGUGGGUCGUGCCGGGAGUUUGCGCGGGGGCGCAUAGAGCGGCCGCGCGCGCUGGGGGAGUGGCUGCGCGACGUGGUUGGGUCUUGAGCGACUAACUGCUGGGAACUGCGGUCGGCGACGUCGGAUGGUAACGCCUGGACUUCAGCUCUCCCGGUCAAGCCACGCCGACCUGUCCCCAACUGCGGAUCCUGGGUCCUUCCUCGCCUGUUUGCAGAUUGCCUCGGAUGAUGGCCUGCCUCUGACAGUCCCUUCGGCUCUCCUCCGCUCUCCUGAGGCUGCAGCUGUCAGCUCCCUGGUCCUCAGCACUUGCCUGGAACGGCCGGGUCUCCCACGCCCUGUCCAGCUGAUCCCUGUCCUGUUUUACUGUGUGUGCUGCCUGUGUAUGUGUGCACAGCCGUGGAGCAGAAGAGCACAGCUAGUGAUUUUGCCAGUGGAUCAUGCCCAGGAUCCCACAUUAUAUUUACUCAUCUCCUUAGGCUCUUCUUGACUGUCACAGUCUUCUUAGACUUUCCUUAUUGUUGAUGACCUUGACAAUUUUGAGUACUGGGAAUUGAACUCAGGACCUUGCACUUGCCAGGAGAGUGACAUCAGCAAGAUGGAUGAAUAAAGUAGCCUUUUUGCUCAGUGCCCCCCCCAAAAGGGAGCAUAACAAAGAAUAAAUGAUUAUAUUCCAAUUAGAGUCACUGAGGAUCUCUUCUAGAGAGUAGCAAGAAAAUGCAAGACCCCUGUGGAACACCAAAACUGAGCAUAGCACCAAAGAGAGGAGAGCAAGACACUCUUCCUUUCCCACAGAGAUCAGCUUGAGGCCAGGAUGAUGAUUUUUGGAAGAAAAAAUAAUCUGGAGACCUGCACUGGUCCCUACGGCUGCUGUAGAAGACUGUACGAGAGACUCCUACAGCUCUGUCUCUAGACACAGUUUGGAUAGUUGCCUGAUGUUCACGGGGUUCCCUGGCCACAGAGUACGAGGCCACGCUGCAUACCCUGUACCUACCAUGACCUAAGAUGCUGUGGCUUAUUGCCAUCUUGAAAGUAAACCUACUGCUAGACUGUAUCUUGCCCUGGGGACUAGGGCAGGUUUUCAUUCUUGAGACUCUGCUAUCAUUCCACCAUACUCGUACAAGUGUCUGCAGUACCACAACCCUGGCUACUGAAAACCUAGGGCUAGGAGAAAGAUCAAGACCCUGUUUUCCAAGUCCAUACGGUAUCCUGUUGCCCAGGAAACAGCUGAACAUGCACAGAAGGGGGGUUGAGACACAGCUGAGGACCUGAUACACCUGCAAACAACUGUCUAUGACUUGACAGCCAACCAGGUGGCAGCUCUACUCUGCCCCUUCUGAGCCAGCUGCACAGCAACCAGUCUACAAUAGUAGUACAGAUCUGAGCUCAUGUUGACAGCCACAGUGACUUUACCCACCUAGUCUUUCUGUUGCAUGGCUAGCCAUCCCACAGAGCCCAUGAAUAUGCAAACUCAGCCCAACAGCCAACCAGAUGACAGCUGUACCUACUGGAGAGCCUGGUACUGGCCUGUGCUACGGUGGGCUUCUCCAACUGUCUACGUAGUUUGCCUGGCAGUAGGUGUAUUCCUAGCAAGAUCACACCAUAGCACUGCACACAAGCACCCACAGCCUAGACAGCUGUCCUAGCCAUAGACAUCUCUGAUAAGGAUUAUAGUUGAAGAAACUACACAGAAAACACACAGCUCUCCACCCCAAAUCAAAGCUAGCACACCACAGAAACUGGCAUUCUGGAACCCAUCCACAGGAAAAAGUCUCUCCCUGCAUGCUGAGGGUGUAGGGUGCUUUAGAAAAUUGGAAAAGGCAACUCUUGCGUUAGAUGCACAGAUACCACAUAGAGAUACAGGAAACUUGCAAAAGAUAAUCUUUUUUUUUUUUUUUGGUUUUUCUCCGGUACCGGGAACCGAACUCACGACCUUGCGCUUGCCAGGCAGGCGCUUUUUGCCGCUGAGCUAAAUCCCCAGCCCCCGCAAAAGAUAAUCUUAAGAAAUUCAGUGAUAUAUAAGAGGAUAUGGACAGUUUAAAGAAUUUAAGAGUGUACUUUAUGAUUUAAAUAAAAUAUUUGACAGAGAUCGAUAUAAAAAAAAGACCAAACAGAAAUCUUAUAGCCUAAGAAUUCAGUGAAUGAAAUAAAUACAGUGAGAGCCACAACAGAGUAGAUCAAACAGAAAAAAGAAUUGCUGAAGGUGAAGGCAUCUUUGGAAUUAACCCAGUCAGAAGAGAAAUAAAAGAAUGAAGAAGUGAAAAAACCUAUGAUAUCUAUAGGGUACCAUUAAGUGAACAAAUGUUCUAAUAUAAGAGUUGCAGAGGGAAGAGAGAUGGAGAAAGACACAGAAAUCAUAUUUAACAAAAUAGCUGAAAAUUUCCAAAGUCUUGGAAGAGAUAUGGAUAUUCAGUCUGUGAAUCUCAAAGAUUUAUUAGGUUGAACCCAAAGAGAUAUUCUCCAAGGCACAUUGUAGUCAAACUGUCAAAAAUUAAAGACAGUUCUAAAAGCAGCAAAAGGAAAAGACCAAAUCACAUAUAAGGGAAUCUCUGUUAGGAUAAUAGCAGAUUUCUCAGCAGAAGCCUUGCAGACUAGGAGAGUAUGAUAUACUGUAUUUAGAGGGCUAAAAAUAACAAAAACAAAACAACAACAAAAAAACCUACCAGCCAAGAAUGCUGUACCCAGCUAGUCUCCUUCAGAAAUAAACAAGAAAUAAACAUCUUUCUCAGAUAAGCAUUACUAAAGAAAUGCAUCACCACUAACCAGCUUUAUAAGAAAUGUUUAAGGGAGUCCUGUAGCUACAAGUGAAAAGACAAUAACUACUAUCAUGAUAACAUGUAAAAGUGUAAAACUAACUGGUAGGGUAGAUACACAAAUGAGAAAAAGAAAGGGAUCAAACUGCAAAGAUUAACAAUAAAGGAAGAAAGAAACAAAUGACCCAGAAAAUAACCAAAUGAGUAGGUUCUUAUAUAGCAGUAAUAAAUUUGAAUGUAAAUGGAUUUAAUUCUUUCUCCCAAAAAUACAGACUAGCUGAAUGUAAAAACACAAGGCCCAGUUUUCUGCUGCCUACAAGGAACUCACUCCAGUGGCAAGGACACACCGGUUAAAAGGGAAGUGAUGGAAAAAGAUACCCCAUGCAAACAGAAACCAGAGGCGAGUGAGGUGUUGGGCAGCAGCAGCAGCUACAGCUCCCAGUCGGCCAAGGCCAUCACGAGGGUGAACAGCUGCCACUCCGCAGUGCUGUGUUGGUGACUGCACCCUGCCUAGCAUGGCUGUUCCCCUCUCCCCACCACCACCAGACCCCCAGUUUGUUCUGCGAGGCACACAGUCAGCGGUGAAUGCGCUGCACUUCUGCGGAGGAGCCCAGGCCCAGGGAUUUCCACUCCUUUUCUCAGGGUCUCAGAGUGGUGUUGUUCAUAUCUGGAGCCUGCAGACACGGAGAGCAGUUGCCACCCUGGAUGGCCAUGGGGGCCAGAGUGUAACUUGGCUGCAGAUGCUGCCCCAGAGCCCGCAGCUCCUCAGUCAGGGCCGGGACCUGCGACUGUGCCUGUGGGACCUGGCAGAGGGCCGAAAUGCUGUUGUGGACUCCGUGUGCCUGGAGAGUGUGGGCUUCUGCCGGAGCUCUGUUCUGGCUGAGGGGCAGGCACGCUGGAUGCUUGCAGUGCCAGGGAAGGGCACUGACGAGGUUCAGAUUCUGGAGAUGCCAUCCAAGACGUCAGUGUGCACCCUGAAGCCGGAGGCAGAUGCCAAGCCAGGCAUGCCCAUGUGCCUGCGGCUGUGGCAGGCAGAGUCCAGUUCCCGCCCCUUCCUUCUGGCUGGCUAUGAGGACGGAUCUGUGGCCCUGUGGGAUGUCUGGGAGCGGAAGGUGUGCAGCCGUGUCUCCUGCCACGAGGAGCCCGUCAUGGGCCUUGACUUCGACUCUCAGAGGGCUCGGGGCGUCUCUGGCUCCGCAGGGAAGGCACUGGCUGUCUGGAGCCUAGAUGGGCAGCAGACCCUGCAG